AGGAAAAAAGAAAAAAAAAACCACAGAGAGAGAAAGAAGAGAGAGAAAGAGCUUCGUUUAGUCUGGUUCUGUCUGACGAGCCAUCUUGCCAAAACCAGAAUUUCUUACCCCUUUCUCUUCCUUUCUCAAACCCUAAAAAGACAAAACCCAAUUCCAUUUUGCUUCCCGGAGAACCGCGCUGCCGCCGUGCCCCACCACCACCACCACCGCCGCCGCCCCCCACUCGAUCGUUUGCUCCCCCUUGAAAUUGGGGAUUUUGUUGUGUUCCUGCUGACUUCGAGAUGAUGGCUCUGAAGCUAAUUGACCGGCCUUCGUCGGAGCUCUGAGUCCCUUCCAGAAAGUUUCUCCAAGUUGUAGUCUCCUCAUCAUGUAUCAUGCAAAGAAGUUUUCAACUGCUAGUUUAGUUCCACAUAAAUCUCAAGGUGCUGAACAAAGUGCUAGUGUUGCGGUUCUGGGUGGAUCUACAGCAAAAAGUCCAAUGCCACCUGGAGGAGGUGGAAAACAACGGUUGCGAUGGACAUCAGAUCUUCAUGAUCGUUUUGUGGAUGCUAUCACACAACUUGGUGGACCAGAUAGGGCAACUCCGAAAGGCGUUCUAAGAGUGAUGGGGGUACCUGGCCUUACCAUAUAUCAUGUCAAAAGCCAUUUACAGAAGUAUCGACUUGCAAAGUAUUUGCCAGAAUCUCCAGCAGAUGGUUCUAAAGAUGAGAAAAGAAGCUCAGAGAGUCUCUCUGGAACAGACUCCUCUUCGGGCCUGCAAAUUAAUGAGGCAUUGAGGUUGCAAAUGGAGGUUCAAAAACGUCUUCAAGAACAGCUCGAGGUUCAGAGGCAAUUACAAAUGAGAAUAGAAGCUCAGGCGAAAUAUUUGCAGAAGAUCAUCGAAGAGCAGCAGAAACUAGGCGGUGAAUCGAAAGACACCGAGGUCUUGCCCCCAGCUGAGGACAAUAAGCAGAAGACUUGCCAGUCUGAGUCAUAUGGUGACGUGUCUGCAGGGCCUUCAUCUCCCCGAAAGAAACAACGUGUAGAUCGUGGAUCAACAGAGGAUUCUGCCCCAUCUAUUAAUUUACCUUAACUUACCCGAAUAAAUUUGUGGUCGAUAGGACCGAGAAUUGUAUCAAUGUAACAAUGGGUUGGGUUUGCGUUGGAGUUCGAAAUCAAGUCUCUAGAGAGAAGAAGGCAGGCUGGUUGCAUCAAGUGUACCGUUGAAGUUAAGAUCCGAUUUGUGGUUCAUAGAGUACUGUGUUGUUGUCUCCAUGAAGUUGAUGAUUUCUGUAACCUCUGUAUAUAAAUGUGCACAUUGAACCUAUUUGUAAACCUUAUUGAAACACUCCUACGUAAGCAGUUACUUCGCAGCAAAACGUGCUCGUUUUCUGCUGUUUCACUGAUCG